AUGACCUCUACAAAUGCUCUUCCGCUGAAAGCCACCUCAGCCUCGCCACAACCCCCACAACCGUCGAUACAACCACCGCCGUCAAUCCUUAAUACCCUUCGCUCUAUAUACUCUCGUGCAGCGCGCGCAUUUCUUCACCGCGACAUCUCUCUCACUUACUCCCUUAUUGCCAAUGCCUUCACCCUCCUUCCAGCACCACCUUCGCCGCACAUUCAAUCCUUCAGUCAGGGUGGCACUCAAGGACUCUAUGCGGACCAGCGUCGAAAAUGGGAUAUCCUUCGUAUAACGCUUGAGGCUACCGUCUAUAACUCACCACCAGAUGAUUCUGCGACCAUCCCAGCGCCAUUACGAAGCAAUGCUAUGCUUUCAUCUUCGUCACUCAUCACUGCACUCCAUACGAGGUCACUACAACUCUUUACACCGGAUGGGGUUGGUAGACCAGAAAGUGCGUGGUUACCUAGCCAGAUUCUUGUCACACUCGUGCUGGCAAGCUUAAAGACGGACUGUGCUCUUGUCGGGAGGUGGAUGAUCGAGGAGUGGUUGGCCAGGCGAGGGAGUGUGGAUCUAGUUCCGACAGGUCCGGUGGAGAAGGACGGAUACGAAAAGGUGUUGGAGGUGUAUUGCUUGAACGUGCUCCCAGUGCUGGAGGAAUGGGACUACGCUGUUGAAUUUCUGGAGUAUGAAGGAGAAUUAGCGCCGGAACGAAAGCAGGUGAGUCACCACGUUAUGGAUGUAUCGCCACUCAGUCUUUGUCUUCCAUACGACAUCACUCCAAUCGGUAUUUCUCUGAAUGUUAUCUACGGUUAUUGA